GAGUGCAGAUUUAUGAGAGGAGAAAUGACACCAUGGCAACCAGUCAACAAAACAAAUGAUCUGAACAAUAGCCCACCUUCACUGUUCAGGCUCCUCGGCUCAUUGGAUGAGCCGUCCAAAAAUGCAGCUCUGCAAUUUGUCAAAGUGACUGUCGGUCAAAUACAGCCUUCCCUCAGAGCAGGUUAGUCUGGGCCAACAGGAGACACUACUGCACUGAUUUGCUUUCUCAUAUAUUUUACUUUAAGGAUAUCGAUCCUGUCUGGCUUGGGAAACCAGAGUGAAUCGAAUGUGAUUUAGUUUGAUCAAAGCAUUCUCAAUAUUCAUUUUGCAAACAUCACAAACUCACGCAAUGUAUAUAGAAUGGUAGUGGGCAAAAAAGUGACAAAAGAAAGUAUUCUUCCAUCAGUGUGUGAAGAUGAUGGAGAUGAAGUUGGAAAAGAAGAUGAUUUGGGAGGAAUCGCAAGCAGGCCGGUCAGCAGACCCAGGAGUCUCUACAGCAGAGGAAGUGUGGAUGGCCAAAGAGUGUCUAGAUCGCCCAGCCAGCAUCAAAGCACAAGAAUGGCCCAUCAGGAUGAAGAUCAUAUGAAUGAAGAAGACGAGGUGGAUGAAGGUGGAGGUAUCCAUCCAGGUGAUGGACAGCAGCAGGAUGAAGAGUGUGUCAUCAGUGACAAAGAUUUUGACACAGACCUGGAACUUGACAGAUUUCACAAUGAAAGACGAGCAUAUGACCCUACAGGACAGUCCAGCUACAGAGAGGCUUGUAAGAUGCUAAAUGUAAUUCCAGUUUCCUACUUCCUCCGAAAUAUGAAUCAGAGUGAAGUCAACAUGAUGCAUUAUGGGCUGGGCUCACAGCAAACAAACUCUCUAUCUACUUCCUAACCAACAAAUACAUCCAUAAUCAAGAUGAAUCUGCGAGAUAACUGGAUGGAGGGAAUAGGCGGGGCUGCCAUUGCUGACAUGCUCAAAGAGAAUUGUUACAUCACAGAAGUUUAUUCAAGUCAACACCGGAUGGGUGAAUACGGAGCCAGCAUGUUGUGAAACUCUACCCUAUUCUCUCUCAACCUCUCUGGGAACCAUCUGGACAAGCGAGCGGCCAGACACCUGUCCCCAACUAUGAUCAGCAACCAAAAACUUCAGCACCUCGACCUGAGUCACAACAGAUUCAGAGAUAAAGCAGGGGAAAUCCUGGGUGCUGCUAUUGCCGAGAACACAGGAAUGAAGUCACUCAAUCUGGCUUGGAACUGCAUUCGAGGAAAAGGAGCCAUUGCAAUUGCUAAAGGCCUGGAGGGAAAUAACUUCUUGCGGACCCUGGAUUUGUCGUUCAACGGCCUGGGCAAAGAAGGAGCCAUGGCUCUAGAGGAAGCACUCAAAAACAACAAUACACUGGAGGAUCUGAACAUCAGCAAUAGUCGCAUACCGCUCGAAGGAGCCAUCCAUUUUGCGUUGGGCCUCAAAGUAAACACGACUCUACGAAUUCUCAAAGUACUAAAGAUUAAAAUGAUGUCUAGGAACCCAAUGCAGUCAGCGGGAUGCUUCACCAUUUUAAAAUCAGUUCAAGCAAACCCAGAAACUGCAGUAGAGUUCUUAGACUUCUCUGAUAUUUGCGUGGACCAAGAAUUUGAAGCCUUAUUCAAAAGCACCAAAGAAACCCUCCCAAACUUCCAAGUGAAGCAUGGUGGAAAACUUAAUGCAGUGCUUAAAAAGAGCUGAGCUGAACACAUUCUGGACAAUCCAAUUGUAAUCGUGUAGGCUUGUAGAACUGCAAAUGUAUUUCUAAACUUGCAUAAUAAAACCGAGACUCUAAACUGAUUUGAAUCUCGCUCCACACUCCUCCACAUGGUAAAUUGGAUCAAGUCAUGGUUGAUGGAUCACGGUUUCCGGCGUUAAGGGAACAACAGUUCGGUAGAAUAAUGUUUAGCAAAAGAUUUGAUGACAUUAGUGACCAUAGACUUUGAAAUAUUACUUACAAAAUGGGAGGAUGAGAUGAUGUGUGAAGCAAGCCGAAUUGAUCUAAUUACUUUAUACUACACUACCAUUUAAAAGUUUGGGGUAGGUAAGAUUUUUUUUUUAUGUUUUCAAAAGAAGUCUCUAAUGCAUUUAUUUGAU